GGCUGUCCUCCGGCCUUCCCCGCGGCAAGGAGGCUUCUGGAAGGCUGGUGCCGGGGCUCCGUGCUGCCGUUCGGACUGCUUCCAACGGUGACCCCACCCCCGGCUCGGGCGAAGGGCUCUUCUCUGCGCGAGUGGAGUCCGUUUCACCUCGCGACUCUCGGCAGGCGGCUCCUGACUCGGGGCCGGGCCUUCUGCGUCCCCGUGCCGCCUGGCUCAGAAAUCGCUGGGAUGCCCCGAAGGCCGAGGCUGAGCCUGCCGCGGUGAGAUGUGCUCCAUUCUUUUUGAGGGCCAGUUCUGUGCAGAUUUUGAACAAGGCCCUGGGAACACUUGGGAUCAACAGUGACCAAGUUCCCUGUCCUCAUAAAACUUGCAGGCUAGUGGGAGAGACCAACGAAAAUCACACAGCUAUAAUUACAAAUGAUGAAAAAAAAGAUAUUGACCAUGAGACAGUGGUUGAAGAGCAGAUCAUUGGAGAGAACUCACCUCCUGAUUACUCAGAGUACAUGACAGGAAAGAAACUUCCUCCUGGAGGAAUUCCUGGCAUUGACCUCUCAGAUCCCAAACAACUGGCAGAAUUUGCUAGAAUGAAGCCAAGAAAAAUUAAAGAAGACGAUGCUCCAAGAACAAUAGCUUGCCCUCAUAAAGGCUGCACAAAGAUGUUCAGGGAUAACUCUGCCAUGAGAAAACAUCUGCACACCCACGGCCCCCGAGUCCACGUCUGUGCAGAAUGUGGCAAAGCUUUUGUUGAGAGCUCAAAACUAAAGCGACACCAGCUGGUUCAUACUGGAGAGAAGCCCUUUCAGUGCACGUUCGAAGGCUGCGGAAAACGCUUUUCACUGGACUUCAACUUGCGCACACACGUGCGAAUCCACACCGGAGACAGGCCCUAUGUGUGCCCCUUCGAUGGUUGUAACAAGAAGUUUGCUCAGUCGACUAACCUGAAAUCUCACAUCUUAACACAUGCAAAGGCCAAAAAUAACCAGUGAAAAGAAGAGAGAGAAGACCCUUCUCGACCACGGGAAGCAUCUUCCAGGAGUGAUUGGGAAUAAAUAUGCCUCUCCUUUGUAUAUUAUUUCUAGGAAGAAUUUUAAAAAUGAAUCCUACACACCUAAGGGACUUGUUUUGAUAAAGUAGUAAAAAUUUAAAAAAAACUUUAAUAAGAUGACAUUGCUAAGAUGCUCUAUCUUGCUCUGUAAUCUCGUUUCAAAAACACGGUGUUUUUGUAAAGUGUGGUCCCAACAGGAGGACAAUUCAUGAACUUCACAUCAAAAGACAAUUCUUUAUACAACAGUGCUAAAAAUGGGACUUCUUUUCACAUUCUUAUAAAUAUGAAGCUCACCUGUUGCUUACAAUUUUUUUAAUUUUGUAUUUUCCAAGUGUGCAUAUUGUACACUUUUUGGGGAUAUGCUUAGUAAUGCUAUGUGUGAUUUUUCUGGAGGUUGAUAACUUUGCUUGCAGUAGAUUUUCUUUAAAAGAAUGGGCAGUUACAUGCAUACUUCAAAAGUAUUUUCCUGUAAAAAAAAAAGUUAUAUAGGUUUUGUUUGCUAUCUUAAUUUUGGUUGUAUUCUUUGAUGUUAACACAUUUUGUAUAAUUGUAUCGUAUAGCUGUAUUGAAUCAUGUAGUAUCAAAUAUUAGAUGUGAUUUAAUAGUGUUAAUCAAUUUAAACCCAUUUUAGUCACUUUUUUUUUCCCAAAAAAUACUGCCAGAUGCUGAUGUUCAGUGUAAUUUCUUUGCCUGUUCAGUUACAGAAAGUGGUGCUCAGUUGUAGAAUGUAUUGUACCUUUUAACACCUAACGUGUACAUCGUGUAACAGAAAGGGCGACAAUAAAAUAGCAGUCCUAAGAAAGAACAUGGCAGAACAAGAUCUGUAAGCACAGUCUUAUUUUCUUUUGUUGUCCAGAAUACUUAUAAUUCUUGAGCCUCCCAGAAAUUGGAAGCUAAAUAAAGCAACUCGAGUUUUCCUUUAUUUUGCACUCAAUACCGUGAUUUGUGAUGAAAGCGAUGCAUGGAUAUGUUAAUACUUCUACAUGUUCUGGAUCUGAAGGAGGGCAGGUAGCAGGCACCCCGAGUUCAGGAACUACCUCAGAGUCCCCGAGGCCAGGCCGUGGUGGUAGGAUGUGGUUUCAGCCCCCCCGCAAAUGUGUGCGUGAGCAUCUGUGCCGCAGCCCGCGUGGCUCCUCCAGGUAAGGCGCUCGCCAGCAGUGGGUGCGCGAGGGAAGAUCGGACCCUUCCUCACUCAGGCUGCCUCCAGAGGUGGCUCCAGCCACUCCUUGGCUUGGCCAGCAGGAAGCGCUUGGGGCUGUCAGUUGUUCAGUUUGAGAGCCUUUGUUCCUCCCCCUGGCGGGGUCCUCGUGAAGUGCUGGCAGACGGCGGCUGAGCACCAGUAGCUUCAGUUCAGCACGGUCCAGGUGCAGUUCAGCGAUGUGAUUAGCUGAUGGGUACCUCACCUCUCACGUUGUGAUCUCCUCGGUGUCUGAUACUAACUUUGGAUUUGACUUAGGGUCAAACAUCAGACUCGUUCGGAAUAUUUCAUAAACUGCCGUGAUACAGUGAAAUCCCACUGCUCAAGAUGCAGACAUACUGUGCAUCCUGUGCUGUGUAUGCUUGACUGCAAGAUCCGUGACAAACUAGCUGACUUGAGCAGAGAUGUCUCUGACGAUGGCCAGGACCCAUCCGCUCCACACGAGCCCGAUCUCUCGCAGCUUCUCCACAGUCCUGUGCAGGAGGAUUGGUGACCCAAUGACAGUGGCCCCGUGGCUCUGGAAUCUUGAAGUGCCUUUUGUGAAUCAUGAAUGAAAAACUCCACUUGAAACCCUGUUUUUUAUUCAUCCAGAAUCUUACCCCUUGGGUAGUUGAUCAGAAGACCCCCAGCAGUUCUUUGGAGAAGCCAGGGUCGGCUGUAUCUGGCAGUCAGGAGAGGGCUAAGCCUGUGGUGGUGGUCUUCAGCGCCAGGCCCUGGUGAGAACGUCGGUUCUUCGGCUAGGCCUGAGCAGAGGCUUCCGUGAAUGCUCAGCCUGUGAGCGCCCAAGCCUCCCACGCCCACCGUCAGGUCGAGCAAGCUCGGGUGGCUGUGCUCACAUGCCACUCCCGUUGGCUGUUGUAGGCGUCCUCGCCCAGCACGAGGCUGCCCUGGCCCUCGCACUGUCCUCGGGACCCCUGCCCAAGGCCCCGCAGCAGAGCACACCUGUGCCGUGGGCAGUCCCACCAGCAGCCCUGAGAGCCAUGCCGUGACCUGCAGGAGCCAGGCUCCCGUGGAAUGCGGUCCCUCUUCCUCUGUGCCUUGACCCCUUGGGAGAUGCCCGCGGUCAUCUCUCCUGUCCCUUCCUGUCUCCGAGUGGAAGAGUCAGCCCGCCCCCUUCCUCUCUGUUCAUGUGUCUUCUCAGUCUGCAGAGUUAACUUCUGUAAGGAGUUUGAUCUGGGAUGUCCAAGUUCUUUGUCAACAUAGCAUUCUGAAGUUACAACAGUAGCAUAGGAAACUGUUACAUGAGCAACGGUAUAAGGUAGAGGUACUUCUCACUGGGUUUACUUAACCCCAUUUUGCUUGUGGUUAGAAUUUAUAAUUUUGCUAAAGAUGUAAUUUACUAAGAUUUGAAAUGGUGUUCUAACAGUGAGUCCAUUGUCUUGAGGAUUAAUCUGAUUUAUAAGUAAUACUGAUAGACUUAUUUUCGUACAACUGAGCAGAAAUAAAUGCAUGUUUCUAGCAUAUGUAAUAUAAAAACUCCAGAAGAUAAGUUUACACUUAUCAAGAUGUUGUUUUCUAUUUUUGAAUUUAUUAUUUUCCCCCUUUUUGGUAGUGGGGUUGAGACGGGGGAGCAUAAUAUUUGUAUAAAGAACUGUCACCCCAGAGUGACAUUUAUUUUCCAAGGUGACCUUGAACUCAUGCUGUUGGUUUCUCAUAUGCUGUUGGUUUCAUAUGGUGUUUGUGUGCUUUGCCUAGACUCAAGGCCUGAGGAUUUGAGGAAAAUCAAGAUUUUUUUUUUUGCUGUUUGCUUUUCAUGUACAUGUUCCAAGUGUCGCUUAUUUUGCUAAAUAAGCCCCCAGUGCAAUAGUGCAUGCAGUGCCUGCCCGUGUGUCCAAGCAGAGUUCAAGUUCAUUUCUUCACAAAUGAUGAGAGUCACUUCCAGUCGGCAGAGGCAUGUCUGCGUGGCCCUUGGAGAGUGCCCCGUGAGGUCCCUGCUGCCCGGCCAAGCCUGUCCAUCACAGCACACCUAGCGCUGUGUCAGCUACCCAGGAAAGCCUGGCCCCUAAGCUCAGUUUUGAGUUGGACACCCGAUAAAUCUACCUGCCUCCCCACCCCCACUCUAUGUAGAGCGAGUGAUGUGGACUCCAUGUGGCUUAGGAAGUCCACGUGGCUCAUCUUUAACUCCUGGAGUUCCUUCCUUCUGACCACCCGUGAGAUUAAGGGUCGCUGAGGUGGAAACAGUGCCCAGUGCCCGCUGCGGCUAGAAAUCCACUUGACACGGCUGUGCCCGGUGCCUCCCCAGCUGCUCUGCUGUACAGUUUGUCACCAGUGCAAGGUCACCCUGGACCCCGGCUGGGGGGUGCCUGUCUGACUUCGCGGCUCCCUGUGGGCGUUAGUGCCAGUGCGUUCUGCCCGAACUUUUAGCCCAUGAGGUGGGGAGAGGCUGUGACUCUGGGCUUUACGUCCUGUGACCGUGACCGUGCACUCCAUGGCCUGCUGUCCAGCUUUGGAGGACAGAAAGUCCCCCCGGCCUUCACAGACACGCAGGUGCACGGUGGCAUUUGCCCAGUGACGGGCAAGGUCUCCCGCCUGCCAGCUGACCUCCUGUCUAUCUCGUACUUGCUCCGACUGUGGCCUGAUUGUCCAAAGGCAGUUUACGUGCGGGCCCUUCAGCCGAACAGCAUCGGGCAGAAGGGCAGGUGCAGGACUGAGAGGCUUCUUGGCAUCCGGCCCAAGCCCAAGGGGUCAGUUUGGUGCCAGAGACGAUGGAGGUUUGAUGGGAAGAAUGGGCGGGUACUGCUGACACAUUACCCAGUCCCUUUAAAAAUCUGGAAAAGAGUGUUGGCAUUAGGUCCACAGGCAAAGCGGUCCUCCCGCAAACGGGGUGCAGGAUGGUAGGGGGUAGCAAGUGGGGAGCACCUUGCACCCCCAGCCGGCAUUCUGCACGUCGCAGAGGAGAGUGUGGUGGUGUCACAGUCAUCAGAAGCACUGAUUGGUUUUCCACAAAUUAGCAAGUGACUGCUUUUCAUGAGAUGCCAGACGCCAUGAGAAACAGCACAGGGAUGUCAUGGGGGGUUGGCAGUGCCAUGCUCUCUUCUGUUAGCUGCUCCUGCAUACAGCAUGCAGGCGGAAGGGCAUCGGUCCCACACGGAAUAACCUUCUUUCUACAACGUCCACACCUGUUACGAGGCUCCAUUAUCAACAGAUGAUGCGAAAGUUCUGUUUGUAUUCACUUUCUGGUAACUUCUGCAGGCCCUGGCUCAAGGACUUGGCAUUGUGUCUCAUGUGCAUCUUUUUCUCAAAGUGUUCUUUACCAUUUCUGGAAUUGUCCUUGGUUUUUCCUUAGCUCAUAGGUCAUAGAUGCAGAAAUAUAGUAUUUAAGGCACCCGCAUCAAGCAUCAGAUGGCUUUGCAUCCAGAAAACAUUGCUAACUCAGUUUGAAGCACCAAGCAUGUGUAACAUGGCUCUAUAAGAUAUAAUAAAUGCAUAAUGUUAAGCUUUU